AUGGGUGGCCUGACAGCCGUGGGCUUCAAAUUGCUGCGCCAUGACGUUCUCCGAGUGCGGAGACUCAGCACCAGCCUGCAGAAGGCCAAGCAGGCUCAGCAUCUCGCAGUUGCUGUGGCAGCUGGCGGAGCUGUCGGCGGAGUUCUCUUCCACUCCGUGGUGGAUGAAGUGGUGCACCUCCCAAGUGGGAACCUCUCCACUGAAGCUCCCAGCAUCUGUGGCUUCGCAGCUGGUGGCGCUGUUGCAGCCGUGGUGGCAAGUACCACCCCUCAGCGAAUGGGCUUGUUCAACUCCAUCGUCCAGACAUCAGCCAUUACCCGCGCCCCUUGGACAACAGUGGCCCGAACUGCAGGCUUUGGCCUUGGCGUGGGCUUGCGGACCGCCUCCAAUCUCUGGAUUUGCUUGGGGGCCAACGCGACCGGAGCUGUGUGUGGCGCCAUGACCAGUUUGAACCCCUCUGAGAGCACAUUCACAUUGGCAUUCCCCUUGGUCUCCUUCUCCGUGUUCACAUUGCUGGUCGUCCCUGCGUUCUGGGCAGGAAUUUGCUUCGGAGCCGUUGGGCUGGCGACUGGUGCAGCGGCUGGCGUCUGGCUGGCGCAAGGUGGGUGUGGAGUGGUUGCCUUGUCAACACGGCAGGCAGCACUUCGGCGAGCCUUUGUGCGGUGCUGCGUGGCCUCUCCGGUGGCUUUGGCGGGAAGUGUGGCCAUGGGUCUUGCUCCAAACGUUCUGAGUUUGGUCAUGGCGAAGAUGGAUGCCAUUCAAUUUGGUGAUGUUUAUCAUCCUGAAGCGAGUCAAGAAUAUCGUACUCCCAGUGUUGAUUGGACAACGAGGUCAGCAAAGGUCGGUGCCUCGGUCACUGAGGUCUACAAGUUGGAGGCCGCCAAGUGCCGCUUGGAAGCAUUUUGUGUGGUGGCUGGGCAACCCGUUGGUCCUGGUGCUGAUGAGCCGCUGUGCGACAAAGUGAGAGAGUGUGUGGAUCGCGCGGCCAUGUUUUGCUCCUGGCUGUGUUUGGCACUUUUGCCCGGGGCCCUUGGCUUUUGCCUUGAAACCGUCUUCUUUGAACCGGUGAGACCGGAGCACACUGUACCUGGCCUCGUGGGUGCCUUGGUGGCCACCACUUUGGCAUCACCUGCCCUGGCCGCAGAGAAGAGCCUGGCGCAGAAGCUUGAGGCCUGA